AUGGAAACCGAGAACGCUGUCCAGGAUGAUCUCCUGCUACACGUAGACAACGUUGCCUGUCGAAAGUUCGGCGAAGGAAUCUUGACAGUUAUGAAGGAUCGGUUGAUCUGGCGCAGUACGAUUGCACAAAAAGUCUCUCCGGCCAACAAACUCAAGGUCCAGCUGCAAAUAUGUUUGCAGAAUGGCGCCAAUACUACAUUCCAGUUCCUAAAUCCGUUAGGUUCCGAGGGUCAGCUGCGCGAUCGAGAAUCUGUCAAAGAGCUGCUGCAGCAACUGCUUCCGCGCUUUCGUCGAAAACUUCUUUCCUGCAUUGGUUCAGUUACGGUGCUUCAGAGCAAUAAGACUCUUUUAUCGCUGUACAAAGAACUUGUAGUCUCGAAAGUACUCAGUACCGAAGAUUUUUGGAAUUAUUUUGUUCAGAAGACUGGUGUCUCAGCGGGGUUUAAUGGCAUGACGCAGACCGACGCUUGCAAUGAGGUGAAGUUCAACAUCACUAAUGACAUAAUGCUUUCCAUAUUUCGCAUAUACCCCACUGUGAAACAGAAACACAUGGAACUCGUACCAAGUCAAAUGACCGAGGAACAGUUCUGGACUCAGUUUUUCAACUCUCAUUACUUCCAUCGAGAUCGUUUGACGAACCUCAAUCCGAAAGAGGUGUUCGUUGACUGUUUACGGAUUGAAACUGAUAUUGCUAUUUUAACAAAACUUGCAAUUUCGCUCCUUUUUGACAAUUCAAUAGACGAUUUUGAUGGUUGUCGACAUAGUAUCAGCCUUCUGUCAGGGUUUAGCGGUCCUAAAGUAGGGAAUGGUGAUCUUUGUGCAUUUGCUGACUUGUUCUGA